CCCUCCCGUGACGUAUGCGGAAGGACAGGGAGGCGGCGCAGGCGCCCUGACGAGCGGGUCGGGGCGGUGGACAGGACCGCCCGCAGCAGCAGCAGCAGAAGGGGUUGAGUCCCCCUCCACCCCCUUGGCCUCUCCAGUCCAGCGUGCCCACCCCAACCAUGGCUGGAGGAGGGAUCACGGAGCCCGGAGAACUCUACUCUCCCUACGUCGGCCUGGUCUACAUGUUCAACCUGAUCGUGGGCACCGGGGCGCUCACCAUGCCCAAAGCAUUUGCCACGGCGGGCUGGCUCGUCAGCCUCGUCCUCCUCGUGUUCCUGGGCUUCAUGAGCUAUGUGACCACGACAUUCGUCAUGGAAGCCAUGGCGGCCGCCAACGCGCGGCUGUGCUGGAAGAGGAUGGAAAGACACAAGGAGGAUGAAGGGGAGGAGGACGAUGACGACCAAGACUCCUCUUCCGCAACCUCCGAUGAUGACGACCCUCUCGUCCCGGGGAGCUUCGAUCGGUCGGAGACGCGACCCAUCCUGGCCGUGCAGCGACGAGGGCCUCCCUGCGUCUUUGAGAUCACCGACCGGAUCGAGAUGGGACAGAUGGCCUCCAUGUUCUUCAAUAAAGUGGGUGUCAACCUGUUCUACGUCUGCAUCAUCAUCUACCUGUAUGGGGACCUGGCCAUCUAUGCGGCAGCUGUGCCCGUCUCACUCAUGCAGGUCACCUGCAGUGCCGGGGCAGCUGACGGUGGGAACCGGUCCUUGAGCAUGGAAGAUGGCAGGCAACACAACGACACUGACCAGUGCUGGGGCCCUGUCCGGAGGAUCGACGCUUACCGCAUCUACCUGGCUGCAUUCACGCUGCUCCUUGGGCCCUUCACCUUCUUCAAUGUGCAGAAGACCAAGUACCUGCAGAUCGUGACUUCCCUGAUGAGGUGGAUCGCAUUCGUCAUCAUGAUCAUCGUGGCCCUGACCCGCAUCGGGCGUGGGCAAGGCGAGGGCCACCCGCCCUUGGCCGAGCUCUCGGGUGUCCGCAACCUAUUCGGGGUGUGUGUUUACUCGUUCAUGUGCCAGCACUCUCUGCCCUCCCUCAUCACGCCCAUCUCGUCCAAGCGCCACCUGGCCCUGCUGGUGUUCCUGGACUAUGGGCUCAUCCUGGCCUUCUACAGCCUGCUGGCCUUUACUGCCAUCUUCUGCUUCCGCGGCGACGCCCUGAUGGACAUGUACACCCUCAACUUCGCCCGCAGCGACGUCGUGAGCCUGCCCCUCCUCCGCUACUUCCUGGGCCUCUUCCCUGUCUUCACCAUCAGCACCAACUUCCCCAUCAUCGCUGUGACUCUGCGCAACAACUGGAAGACCCUGUUCCAUCGCGAGGGAGGCACGUACCCCUGGGUUGUGGACCGCGUGGCUUUCCCCACCAUCACGCUGGUGCCCCCCAUCCUGGUGGCCUUCUGCACCCACGACCUGGAGGCGCUGGUGGGCGUGACCGGGGCCUACGCCGGCAACGGCAUCCAGUACGUCAUCCCCGCGUUCCUGGUCUACUGCAGCCGCAGGGACAGCCGCCUGGCGGCUGGCGGGGGUCCUCCCAACCGGCACGCCUCCCCAUUCCGACACACCUUCUGGGUGGGCUUUGUGCUGGCUUGGGCCCUCUUCUGUUUCCUCUUUGUCACAGCCAACAUCGUCCUCAGCGAGACCAAGCUCUGAGUCCAGAGCUCCCGGCUGUGCCCUAGGGCAUCCCUCAAGCUCCCCGGAAGGCUGCCCCCCCUCCGGGCCCGGGGUUCCAGGUGAGACCCUGACCAGAGGGAGAUUCUGGCGUCUGUGGGCAUCUGGCUGCCUGCCCUUCCCUACCCGCUGUGGGCGGGGAGGCUCCUCGUGCCUAGGCCACACUGGAUAUGGUGAGCCCCGCUUAGGCCUGGAGCCUGGUGCCAGCCCCCCAGCUCCCACUGGACAGCAGCAGCCGCCCCAACGUCAGUUUGAGAGCUGUCCCACAGCACCAUGAAUCCUCUGCCCGAGCUCCUAUCCCUUCAUUUCUGCCCUGCAGGGAGACACGGCUGGGCCCGGGACCCUGCUGCUCAGGACAGGAAAGAAAGUCAGAGCAGUGCUGGCACUGUAGCUGACGUUUAUUUAAACACUCUAGUGUGGCCUCCCACCCCCCUCUUCCUCCUCCUCGUGUGUUUGUGGGCUCGGGCCUGGCCUUGAUGAAGACUGUGUGUGCCCACCGGCCCUGGUUGCCUAUCCCUCACUUGCAUAGGGGAGCAGGAGGGGCUAGCAGGAAGCAGCUGGUUUCUGGUGGGUCCCCGUGUCCCCAUUGCAGUGGGCUGGCCUAGCUCGACCCUAUGCCACGGGAACUGAUCCAUGGCCUGCAAGGGGCUCAAGAUUGGUAGGCCUGGGUAACCGCUCUGCCUCUCCCCACCUCCCCAUUGCGAGAGGAGUGGGUCGCCUGCCUCCCCCACACCUCUCCCUCCCCUAGGGGGAGGAGCUUCCAUAUGAGCUGCCUCCUGGACCCCACACCCAGGCUGCCCCCUCCCCUCUGCUGCACUCUUCCGCCCUUCCCCAAAAGGAGGGUCAUGAUUCAGCGUGGUAAUGGUGCUGGGACAUAGGGCUUUCUGCCUGACCUUUUGGUCCCUUCCCCUCCACCACGGUGCCCCUGGAGCCGCGUGGUUGGAGUUGUUCCCUCGACGGUGCCGUUGGGCCGGGGGCCGGCCGGCAGCUAAGAGGGCUACGCUGCAUCUGCUGGAUGGAAAGAAGUGAGGGCCAGUGGUCUUGAUCGGGCCUGCUGCAGUAGGGGUUGGGAGUUGCUCCCAGGUUCUCUCCCUCUAAAGGUGGAAGUAGCCUCGAUCCUGCCCCAGCCCCAUCUCUGUAGAGGGAGGGGGAGAUCUCAAUCUCUGCCCAGCCCUACCUGGGGUGCUGCCCUCAUCCGGGUCCCAAACCCACUUCCCCCAGCAGUACCCGGUGCUGCAAGGAGAUGGGGGCCACACUCAGCUCGUGCUGCCCCCCCCGGGGCCGAGGCCGCGACCUCCCCACCUGCUGCUGCUGCUGCCGCCUCCAGCUUCCCCAAAGAAUUUGGGUUGUUCAAUGUGCCUUCACUCCUGGCUACAGGGUCACGCCUGGUGUCCGAGUGGUCAGUCCCGGAAUGGCCCUGUUCCUCUCCCUCGAUCUCAGUGCCUUGUCCUAUAGGCCCCUUGUUUCGGGGGGCCCGUCUACCCUGUGAUCCACGUAAUGCCCUCUGCCGGCCUAGCACCCCGACCUCAGGACCGCCCUCCCGGGCCCAAGUUGAGGGCCCCUGAAGUGUUCGGGGUGGUAGGGGCCAGUGGGAUGGGAGUCGGGGGUGGCUGCCGGUGGUUGGAGGGGUUGUGCGGGGACGGAAGAUGAUGAUGGGUCACGAUCGGACGUUGUUUUCUCCGGCCCGUCUCGCUCCAUCCCUCUGCCCUUCCCUGUGGCCCCUUUGCAAUUUAUCUUGGGUGUGACUUUCUGGGUCACAGUAGAAAUAAACCCCUUUCCCCGGC